AUAAGACGCAGAAGUUGUCUUGCGUUGAGUGACUAUUGUAGAAUCACGCCCAUCGUCAGUGAAAUUGACGCUCAGCGGACUGUCUUUUUAUUAUCAAGUUCUAUGUGGACAUUUGCUUAAUUAUCAACUGAUCUCAGCAUUUAAAUAUUGAUUAAACCCAGGAGUACGUUCAUCAAACUACAUCUUUUAUCCUACAAAUUCUUAUCUUAUAUUAAUUAAUACUUUUUUGAAUAAUCGCAUGUGUUAUCCGCACCAUCAGGAUCAAUUUAACGGCUAUUUCUGAGCUGAACAAAGGGAAAAACCGAGGUAAUAUAUCGUUAUUUUCCGUUCCUCAAAUUUUGCAACAAUAUUUCACGGCUUAAAGUUGUACUGCUACAUUUCGGCUGCUUUAUAGAUAUUCCGCUCAACCAUGGACUACGUAGAUGCACAACAUGUUGAAGGCAUAUUUUUUAAAGAGAAAGAUCCCGAUUCACAACCUGAAGAUGUUGAAAUGGUGUCUCAUGAAGAAAAUAGCGAAUCUAUAAAUGCCAGAUAUGACAUGGAUCGUAACAAAGAGAACCUGGCUUUAAUAAUAAAUAAUGUGCAUUUUGACAAAUUGUCUUACCGACAAGGAUCCGAUGAAGACGCAUCAGAAAUUAAAAAAUCUUUGAAGUCAUUGCAUUUUGAGGUGAUCGACCACAAUAAUUUAUCAGUGAAAGAGAUGACGCAUAUCUUUACGGAUAUAUCCACGAAGGACCAUACGAAGUAUAACUGCUUCGUUUGUGUUAUAUUGACUCACGGUGAAGACGAUAACCAGAUUUAUGGCACUGAUGACAAAGUAAAGCUGGAUACUUUAGUAGAGAUGUUGCUUCCUGAGAGAUGUCCGAGCUUAAUAGGUAAGCCAAAACUAUUCUUCAUACAAGCUUGUCGGGGACAAAAUUUGACAGCGGUGUAGAUGUGCUCGGUGGAG